CGCUCCACAAGCUUAAAUGGAGAAAGUCACCGGUCACCACUAUUUUUCCCCUGAUGUUUAAUCCGCCUGCUAACAUUUCUUGCGUGCAAACAGUAGAAAAUGUCAGAUUUUCCACCGCUCGCAAAACCCGCUUUUCUGCUUUCACCUCACCGCGAAGCUGCAGUUCAUGUGCCACGUUGCGCGCGGUGUUUUCCUGUCGCCUGGCAACCGUCCGGGGCCGCGGGUGGGAAGCAGCCGGCGAGGGAAAGCCUGUGGAGCUGGGAUGGGUAAGAAACAGAAGAAGGAAGUUGAGCCAUCUCCAAAAGAUGCAUUUAAUUCACUUGUUAUCGAGAGCAAAAAUGUACAAACAGUAGUUCUUAUGCUGGAUUCACCAGAGGAUGAAGUUUUGCUUAAAGCCUGUGAAGCCAUAUACAGAUUUGCCGAGAAAGGGGAUGAAAACAAAAUGAAUCUCCUGGCUCUUGGAGCCAUUCCAAGAUUGGCUAAAUUAAUGUCCCACGCUGACAAACAAAUCCAUAUGUAUGCUACCAUGGCAUUUGGAGUGAUGGCAACUAACAGUGAAGUUCGAAAAUCGAUGAGGCAGUUGAAUUUUCUACCAUCCAUUAUCGCGUGUCUGGCUCCAGAUGAUGAUGUUGUUGUCCAUGAACUUGCUACCCUGUGCCUAGCUUCCAUGUCUAUUGAUUUCACCAGUAAAGUGGAAAUUUACGAGAAAGGUGGGAUGGGACCGCUUGUUCAUCUUCUUUCAAGCCCUGAUCCUGAUGUUCAAAAGAAUUCCAUUGAGUGUAUUUCAAACUUAGUUAAGGACUAUGUGUGUCGUGUUGCACUUAAUGAAAUGAAUGGAAUUUUUCCUGUGCUGAACCUACUGAGCUCUGAAUAUCCUGUCAUCCAACACUUGGCACUGCAAGCUCUAAUAACCAUUUCCAGUGAUGCAGAGAGCAGAAAGGCACUAUGUCAGAAUGACGGCCAUGAAAGCCUUCUGCAGGUUCUUGAUGCACCGGAACUUAGUGAUCUUCAUGCAGAUACUUUGCACGUACUGGCAAACUGUCUGGAAGAGGCACAGAAUGUUACAAUCAUCCGUGACUCAGGAGCCCUGGAAAAGUUUUUGUUAUUUGUAGCAACGUCCAGUCUUCCAGAGGCACAGAAGCAUGCAACAAACGCAAUAACCAGAUCAGCUCGUAACAGUGAAACCAGACAUAUUUUCCAUCAAGAAGGUUUGGAGAAAGUACUGGUGAUGCUUUUAGGAAUCAACAAUGACGCAAUCAAAGUAGCUGCUUGUGAAGCAGUGUCAGUUAUGAGUGAAGAUGAGGCUAGCAAAGAGGCUUUCAGAACUGAAGAAGGUAUUGCUCACGUGGUUGCACUACUGACGAGUGACAACGUGGAAAUGGAAGAGGCUGCAGCCUUAGCUCUAGCAAAUCUAACAACUGCAAAUUCCAGCAAUGCUAGUGCUGUGUUUGAAGCUGAAGGUGUGGAGCUGUUGGUGAAAUUGCUGACUGCUCCAGGAGAUGGUAUUGUUGUCAAUGCUGCCGCUACAAUUACUAAUCUAGCCCUACAGGAACCUAUACGUGCCAGUAUUCAGAAUUGCGGGGCUAUGACUGCCAUUGUGGAACCAUUGAAGUCGAGCAACACUCUGGUGCAGAGCAAAGCUGCUCUAGUUGUGGCUUCAUUAGCUUGUGAUGCAAAUGGAAGAACAGAGCUGAGAAAUGCUGGUGGAUUGGAGCCACUUGUUGAAUUGCUCCAUUCUAAUAAUGAUGAAGUGAGACGCAAUGCCUGCUGGGCUGUACUUGUCUGUGGAAAAGAUGAGCCAACAACAGCUGAACUUUGUAAACUAGGAGCUUUGGAAAUCCUUCAAGAAAUAAGCCUGUCCUCAAGUCACAGGAACAGUUUUAGUGAUGCAGCUGUGAAAAGACUGCUUGACCAUAAUGCUGCUCUCAAAUAUGCUCUGACUGGCUACUUGUCAUCCAACGACAUCAUCACAGAUGGUUUCUAUGAUCCUGGUCGGAUAAAACCAGGCAUGAAGAUCUUGCCUCUUGAAGAACUCAGUAAUCAGGAAUUGAACCCGCACCGGCCAAUACUGCUAAUUAAUGCAAAAAGAACAGAAGGACACCAGAUGGCAGGAUUAGCAAUAGAAGACAAACUCAGUGACGCUCCGUCAACUUCCAGUAAUCGCCUCGUUUCUAGCAAAACCUACAGUAGAGAUAAAUCAUCUAGCAAAGGAAAAAGCAGAGGGAAGAAGGAAGAGGAAAAACCAGUCCAGGUUAAGGCUGAGGAGGAAGAAAAAAAUAAACCAUGGGAAUGUCCUUAUGAUGUACUUUUUGAUGCUUACCUCAGUGAAAUUACAAGAAAUAUUUUACCACUUCCCAGCACAAGAGGACAAAUUGUGGCACUUGCAAUGUUUGUUUCUGAAAAGAUGGGUGGACCUUUAAACAAGGAAAAGCUUCAUGAAUUCACCUGGGAACUUCACAUUGCUGACCUGAAAUUUGAAUUAAAAUCUAACAUCAUCCCCAUUGGGAAAAUUCAGAAAGGAAUCUACUACCACAGAGCCCUUCUAUUUAAGGCUUUAGCAGAUAGAAUAGGGAUCAGUUGCAGUCUGGUUCGUGGAGACUACAACCGAGCCUGGAAUGAAGUCAAGUUGAUUGACCAACCAUCUCACGAUAAUCCUGGGCUUUUCAUUCCACCAACGAUAUACAUCUUGGAUCUCAUGUACCAAGUUGGCAACUUGAUGAGGACUGACAGUCCAGACGCAGCACACUAUGAAAGUUAUACUGGUUGUAAACUUACACCUUGUAAAUGUUGUAAGUAGUUGUCUUGGUACCUAGAUAACUUUAAGAAAAACACAUAAAUUGCAAAUGUCUCUGCAUUUGACAACAUUAAUAGACUUAAACACAUUGCAAAAUGUUGCUGCAAAAUCAUAAAUACCUUCAUAAAACUGACCAUUAAGUCACCAUUCCAAUUUGUUUAGUUAAAAUAUCUCAGAUCAUCCUCUAUGUUAUUUCUUUAUCAGUUGAUGAACAUUUAACUUGUUACUCGAUUUUCAUAAAGACAAACGCUUAAAUACCUCUUUGCCUGUUAACAUUCUCACAAGUUCAGCAUAUUAUUUUACAUUAUAAAUUGUAAAGCAAAUAAUAAAGUUGUAAUGACAGAA